AUGUGUAUAGGUGAAAACUGUGCCCCACAGGCGGCGCACUACAUGAAUGCCCAACUUGCGGCACUGCAUGCCAACGCCAUCUCCUGCAUGCGGGAUCAUGAGAAUGCCCAGAAAAGGGACGAUAUAUACCGAUACUCUCAUGCACUGGCUCACUUUUCGCACAGCAAGUAUGAUAUCGCGGACCACGACGAUCAAGAUGACGCGGUGUUUGAUGCUGACUUCGGAACGCCGCAAAUCAAGUUCAUCUGUAAUCAUGAUGCCCUCCUUUACCUGAAAAUUGACCGCGCAGAUUAUGUUGUCGACCAUAGCGCGGGUAUGCCUUCCUCAUCUGUGUGCAACCUGGAAGUCGUGUUCCGGGUCAGCUUUGUAUGCACCAAGAUUAUCGGCACAGAUUCUCAAAUCGGUAGUGGCCAGAAUAUCAUUCAGCUCGUUGUUCUUGAUCUGCGUAAAGCUCGCCUUGUUUCGAUCACACCGCCUCUACUGACUAACCAAGGCGUCUUGACCUCUUAUCUCUCUCAGUACCUCGAGUUUCUCCACAAAGCUGGCAACCAUGUCCUGUUUUCUUUGCCAAACUUCGACAGCCAUCGGCCUCAGCUCUCCAUCGAUUUCUCCCUCACGCAAUCUACAGAUCUCACUCUCGACGGCAUCCACGGCAUCUCUCUGAAAGAAAUCAACCACCAUCUGGUAUCAGUGUGGCUCAGAGCUGCUAUGUCUGCCUCUGAAGAAAACGUCGACUGGCGAACACAGUGCCUCGCGGAACUGCGUAGUUAUUGGAUUCAUCCCGAGGAUUCAAACGUGCAUUUCCGUAUCAACUUUGGCACUCCCUACGUCAAAGCGGUCUGCAAUCGGGAAGGUAUCAUGUAUUUUAAGAUUGACGAGGUGGCCUUCUUCUCCAGCAUUGACUUCACAUCUACGCCUAUGGCCCGGUACCAUGACUGGACGAUUGCGAUUCUGUUUGACAUUCGCUACGAGACACAGGCUGAUGGAAACGUCCGUGAUUGCGCACUUGACACUCAGACGGCGCGUUUUUGUGAAAGCCAGUGUAUUUUUGCUGGCUUUGACGAAGAGUAUGCGACUGAAGAAGAAUUUAUUUGCUGGUCCACAGUCACGGAGUUCUUCAAAACUGAAUACUCCGAACUCUUGGAAAGCGCCAGUUACCACAUCAUCUACCACCAGGACAAGCGCAUCGAUCAGCAACUCACCGUCGGUGCUUGGGCAGCACUUGGUGACCGCGCUGCCUCUUCGGAGAUUUCGACCUGGAAGGACAUCGUAUCAAACUCCAAUAUGUUUGGCUUCGACCAAAUUGUUGCUCUCUCGCAAACUGCUAUCAACGAAUACUACAGCAGUCUGUUGUAUAUCGGCAAAACGUCCAACACGCUCUCCUUAGUGACAUGGGCUUACCAGGAGAGUUUCUCGGCGACAUUCAAACCGUUGUCCUUGCGCUUCUUGAGCAAUAACAAAGCCAUCAUCUGGAUUCACUUCGACGACUGUAGCACAUUGAAGACUUCGGAUCAGGUUGGCGAUGAAAAAUGUGAUAUAGGAGGAUGGCGACUUGCAUUCGAAGUGGAUCUGAAGAUGUGUCCUCAUACUGACUUCCAGGACGUCUCCGAGAGGUGGCGUUGUAGGUUCGAAAGUUCGCAGGCAUUCAAGCAUCAUUCCUGUGAUGCCGAUUGCUCCUUCACUCACCUCUGCCUUGAUUUUGAACAUGCGGACUUCAUCCACGAAUAUUCAACGCUGAAGGGGCUUUUCCAGAAAGGUACUAGCAAGCCCAUAGAAAGGCUCAAAUCUGCGAUCUACUACAUCAAGUCUUUCUACUUUCGCGCACUCGCCGAGGAUGGCCUCAAUAUCCUCUACACUGUCCCGGUGUGGAAGUGCGGAAGUUGUCCUCCUGCGUAUGGUUUGACUAGCAUCAUGUUCCAUGUAUACUCCCAGGAGGUCAUCACCCGUCACAACUGGAGCCAGACUACCGCCGCUGUGGAGCCAGUCAUUGUCUUGCUCGGUAUGACUGAGUUCCGAAAGCCUCCUUCCACUCAGCUGGAGUAUUCCAGUUCUUGGCUGAUCCGCACGAAGACCAGCCUCUCUUACGGUACGAUCAGCAUCGCGAACUGCGUCUUCAUGAAGGCGCGUCUGCUUCACCGGCUUACGCGAAUCAAUGGAGCCACUACUCUCAUUCCGGUCUUCUCCGGUGUCGAGGACAACGUCUGGAAUUUGCAGUUCACGCGAUGGGAUCAACACGACACCAGGAAGAAUGCCACGUGCGAGUGGAAGCGGGAGUACGGACGAGAAGGCUUCGCAGUGUACAAAUGGCAGCACCGAGAGGGAUGGAGCUACGACCACGAAUCCAACAGAGAGGCCACGAACGGUAGCUACAAUGUGUCUUGUUUCACCCAGAACUACUUGGAGAUUCCGACGGUGAACAGAAGCCGGACGUUCGAGAUCAGGCUCAAUGGCGAGGUCAAAUUGGAAUUGUCAUUCAAGUCCGGCACUCAGCUUUGGGCCGCUAAAUGCUCUGCCAAGUGGGAUGCUGUCCUAGCUAUUGCAAGUGAGAGCAGUGGCUUGAAGAUCAAGGAGUCCGGGCGUCCCACGCCAGUGCUCGACAGGACCGAAGUGGAUGGACAGUACACCGCCAUGGCCGCAGAGUACACAGAUCCCAGAGCUUUGCUCAAAGCCAACCUUCCCUCUCGUAUCGAUCUGACCGAGGUCCUGGGUGAACUCCGCGCCUUUGAAGGCCCGUGGCAAUACUGUUACCCUGGGACGUACAGUUACGCCUUCGCUAAUCCGGGCUUUAACCAACGUGGUGAUAUUCUGUUCGAGACUCGACCUAUAGGCCUGCUUGCACCAUCUAACCCUGCGGCCCGACAGUCUCGUAUAAGUGGGGUUGGGCUUGGGGGUCGUAGAACUCCUCCGAUCUCCCCUCUACGCUCCCCCUCGGCGAGAUCCCCUUUCGGAUCGAGACCAGGCACGCCAGCUUUACUCGAUGUCCGUCGCGUUGACGCCGCAUUUGCCCGCUCAAAUCCCAACACCUUGAGUGUCGUAACAAAUGCAACGACCGCUCUUCUUAACACAGUCAGCAGCGGAAGUAAGACAACGAUCAACUAUAGCGAGGAGACACCUACCCCAAGCGACGUGAGUAAUGAAGACGACAGAGGCCUCAACGUCGACGGAGUGACGAUCGGGGUGGAGGUACAUGCCUGA